GUGAGAGGACAGGAGAGAGGACAGUAAGAGAGGACAGGUAGGAGGACAGGUGAGAGGACAGGGGAGGGAACAGGUGAGAGGACAAGUGAGAUGACAGGAAGAAAUUAAGAGACAAAAAAGGAAAGGAACUCUCCAAACUGUCAGAAUCAGUUUUCUUCGCAAAGAGAGAAGACAAAUUCUCCUCAAAUUCAGCCAAAACUUUACUACUUUCUAAGCUGUGUCUGGGAAACCAAAGGAAGAAAAGAGAGAAGACACAGGAAAGAAGAGACACAGGAGAGGAGAGAAAGAGAGACCUGAACUCACAGGAGAGUUAAGUGUCUCUAACAACAAGAAAACAAGCAGCUCACUGUCUAACUAGCCUAGCUGGAGAGAAGGAAUACUGUGCACCUUUCUGUCCGGGGAAACACUGAAGAGAGGGAAGAAACAGAGGAAUACAACAAGAGAAAAGAUAAAUGAAGGAGUGAAAGGCGCGAUUCAAACUAGUUAAACCUGCUGACGACAAGAAAAAGAAGAGUGGAAGAAGAGAGCGAUAACAUCACAUCAAACAACUUGGAAAACAUGGAAAGGAGGGAAUGUACAUUUAUGCUUACAAGGAACUCAUAGAAGGAAGUGAAAGAUAAAACAAUUCAAGUUUUGAGAACUGCUGUUGUACUGGAGUCAACUGCAGUGCAGGAUCUGUAUGUCUCUGUCCAGCCUCCAUACUGCCUAGAACGUCUGAUUGGGGAUUUGGUAUUUAGACUGCAGAGCUGAAACCUCCGCUCUCUCUGUUAACCAGGUCACUGCUGUUCUGUAAAUGAGAAUAUGUCCUCAGUGUCUAAAACCGUCUAACAGAGUUGAAUGGUUAAAUGAAUGAAAAUACGACAAUACAAUGUCUCAGGAGGAUGGUAGGAGUGUCGGGAGCGCGGGGAGCGCGGGGGGCGCGGGGAGCGCGGGGCCGGACAGCGAGUCGGACCACAAUGAUCAUCAGACCACUAUCCAGAACCAGACCUACGGUCAGGACCAAGACCAGGAUCCAGACCAGGUGUUAGAAGAUGUGAUAGUAGUACUGGACCGGAUCGCCAGUCUCUCUGUGGACAUGUUCGAGCCCAGCGACUUCAAGGGAAGGUUCACUAAGAUCAAGUCCAAAUCCAGGAUGAAAACCCAGAUCAUCAGAGCCUCUCCGGUGGGCCUGAAGCCACCACUCCCCCCCACCAGCGGUCCCUCGUCAGAGAGGAAGGGUCCCGUCGCCAUGGUGCCUGUUACCGUGGACCCCGAGAGCAAGCCAGGGGAGUUCGUCCUCAAGAGUCUGUUCGCUAACUUCACCUCUGUCUCUGAGAGGAAGAUUCGCAUCAUCAUGGCCGAACCACUGGAGAAGCCUCUCAACAAGUCACUACAGAGAGGAGAGGAUCUACAGUUUGACCAGUUAAUCAGUACAAUGAGUUCGCUGGCUGAGUACUGUCUCCCCUCCAUUCUGAAGACACUGUUUGACUGGUAUAAACGACAAAAUGGACUAGAGGACGAGAGUCACGAAUACAGACCCAGGGCCAACACCAAGUCCAAGAGUGAUGAGCAGCAGAAGGACUACUUGCUGGAGAGGAGGGAUCUGGCCAUAGACUUCAUCUUCUCCCUGGUGCUCAUAGAAGUCCUCAAACAGAUCCCACUUCAUCCUCUGAUGGAUGGGUUGAUUCAGGAAGUUAUUAACCUGGCUUUCAAACACUUCAAGUACAAGGAGGGCUACCUUGGUCCCAACACAGGGAACAUGCACAUGGUGGCUGACCUCUAUGCUGAGGUGGUGGGGGUUGUUGCACAGUCCAGAUUCCCUGCUGUGAGGAAGAAGUUCAUCUCUGAACUGAAGGAGUUGAGACAGAAGGAACAGAACCACUAUGUUUUCCAGUCUACCAUCAGCCUCAUCAUGGGAGUCAAGUUCUUCAGGAUUAAGAUGUACCCUGUCGAGGACUUCGAGGCCUCCUUCCAGUUCAUGCAGGAGUGUGCCCAGUAUUUCCUGGAGGUAAAGGAUAAGGACAUUAAACAUUCUCUGGCUGGACUCUUCGUAGAGAUACUGGUUCCUGUAGCUGCAACGGUGAAGAACGAGGUGAAUGUUCCGUGUCUGAGGAACUUCGUAGAGAGUCUGUAUGACACAACGCUGGACCUGUCCUCUAGGAAGAAACACUCUCUGGCUCUGUAUCCAUUGGUUACCUGUCUGCUGUGUGUCAGUCAGAAGCAGCUCUUCCUCAACAGAUGGCACAUCUUCCUCAACAACUGUCUCUCCAACCUCAAGAAUAAGGAUCCCAAGAUGGCCCGUGUGGCUCUGGAGGCUCUCUACCGUCUCCUCUGGGUCUACAUGAUCAGGAUCAAGUGUGAGAGCAACACCGGAACACAGAGUCGUCUAACGUCCAUCACCACCACUCUGUUCCCUAAGGGCAGUCGUAGUGUCGUACCCAGAGACAUGCCACUCAACAUCUUUGUCAAGAUCAUACAAUUUAUAGCCCAGGAAAGACUCGAUUUUGCCAUGAAGGAGAUCAUCUUUGACCUGCUGUGUGUCGGGAAGCCUGCCAAAGCUUUCAGUCUCAACCCAGAGCGUAUGAACAUAGGUCUGAGGGCCUUCCUGGUGAUAGCUGAUGCCCUGCAGCAGAAGGACGGGGAGCCUCCCAUGCCCAACACUGGAGCCACUCUUCCCUCUGGAAACUCUCUGAAGAAGAAGAAGACCUACCUCAGCAAGACGCUCACUGAGGACGAAGCCCAACUCAUAGGCAUGUCUCUGUACUACUCCCAGGUGCGUAAGGCCAUAGACAACAUCCUGAGACACUUGGACAAGGAGGUGGGCCGCUGUAUGAUGCUCACUAACGUACAGAUGCUGAACAAGGAACCAGAGGACAUGAUCACAGGGGAGAGGAAGCCUAAGAUAGAUCUGUUCAGGACGUGUGUGGCAGCUAUUCCUCGUAUCCUCCCUGACAGCAUGUCCAAACCUGAACUCAUAGACCUUCUGUCACGCCUGACUGUCCACAUGGAUGACGAGCUACGCCUCAUCUCCCAGAAUUCCUUGCAGAGCCUGCUGCUGGACUUCUCUGAUUGGAGGGAGGAUGUCCUGUUUGGAUAUACACACUUCCUGCUCCGAGAGGUUCAGGACACACACCAGGGUCUGCAGGACUCCUCCAUAAAACUACUGCUGCAGCUGCUCACACAGUGGAGACUCACACUGCAGGUCCCUGGGAACAAACGGGCUGCUGAGGCCAGUCCCAGACUACCAGACCGUAGUCCUCACUGCUCAGUGCUUCAUGCUGUAGAAGGCCUGGCUUUGCUGCUCCUCUGCUCCUGUCAGACCAGCACACGCAAACUGGCCGUGUCUGUUCUCAGAGAAAUACGCAUCCUCUUCAAUACUAUAGGACACGCAGAGGAUGAUGACAAGCCUAUGAUAGAGGUGAUGGACCAGCUCAGUCCUGCUGUUAUGGACAGCUUUGUACACGUGGCCGUGUCCGACUCUUCCACCCUCCCUCUCAGCCACCAGGUGGACCUACAGUGGUUGGUGGAGUGGACAGCCAGACUGGUGAGCAGUGCCUACGACGUGAAGAGUCCCAGCCAUGUAUGGAUCUAUGCCCAGUGUGUCAAAGACCCCUGGGUACUCUGUCUGCACAGCUUCCUGCGCCAGGAACACCUCCCCAAACUCUGUCCUACUGCACUCAGCUACGCCUGGCCCUACGCCUUCACCAGGCUACAGCUGCUGCUGCCACUGGUUGACCCCAACAGUCCGGUGAAUGCUAAGAAGACCUCGUCGGCGGGCUCCAGUGACAGCUCCAUCUCUCUGUGGCGGAACUACCUGAUCCUGUGUCUGGGCGUGGCCAAACCCAGCAUCAUGUCACCUGGGCACCUGAGAGCCUCCACACCUGAAAUCACUGCUACCACACCUGACGGCAGUGUCACCUACGACAACAAGGUGAUUGGUACUCCGUCAGUGGCGUGGCUCCUGAAACAGCUGGUCCCUCUGAUGAGAGCUGAGAGCAUAGAGAUCACUGAAUGUCUAGUGCUGGGUCUCGGACGCACCAACGCCCUGGUGUUCAGAGAAUUAGUGGAGGAGCUCCACCCACUGAUGAAGGAAGCCCUGGAACGUAGACCUGAGAAUAAGAAGCGUCGUGAGAGGAGGGACCUGCUCAGACUGCAGCUUCUCAGAAUCUUUGAACUACUGGCCGACGCUGGAGUCAUCAGUGACAGUACUAACGGAGCGUUGGAGCGGGACAGCCUGGCGUUAGGAGCUCUGUUCCUGGAGUACGUGGACCUGACCAGGAUGCUGCUGGAAGCCGAGAACGACAAGGAGCUGGACGUCCUCAAAGACAUCAGGGCCCACUUCUCUGGCAUGGUGGCCAACCUCAUACAGUGUGUCCCUGUCCACCACCGGCGUUUCCUGUUCCCCCAGCAGUCUCUGAGACACCACCUCUUCAUCCUGUUCAGCCAAUGGGCUGGCCCCUUCAGCGUGAUGUUCACGCCCCUCGACCGCUACAGCGACCGCAACCACCAGAUCACCAGAUACCAGUACUGUUCUCUGAAGGCGAUGUCCGCGGUGCUGUGUUGUGGUCCAGUGUUUGACAACGUGGGUCUCUCUACUGAUGGAUAUCUCUACAAAUGGCUGGACAACAUCCUGGCCUGCCACGACCUACGGGUGCACCGUCUGGGCUGUGAGGUGGUGAUUCUGCUGUUAGAACUGAACCCAGAUCAGGUGAACCUGUUUAACUGGGCUGUAGACCGCUGCUUCACUGGCUCCUACCAACUGGCCUCAGGAUGCUUCAAGGCCAUCGCUACUGUCUGUGGCAGCAGGAACUACCCAUGUGACAUUGUGACUCUGUUGAACCUGGUCCUGUUCAAGUCUUCAGACACCAGCAGAGAGAUAUACGAGAUCUCCAUGCAGCUGAUGCAGGUUCUGGAAUCCAAGCUGUGUGUGUACUCUAAGCGCAUGGUGGAGCAGAAGCCCGGUAACAUUCUGUAUGGGACCCAUGGACCUCUACCUCCUCUCUACAGCGUGUCUCUGUCCUCACUCUCUACACAGCUGGCCUCCAUGUACCCCGAGCUCACUCUGCCUCUCUUCUCAGAGGUGUCCCAGCGUUUCUCCACCACCCAUCCUAACGGCAGACAGAUCAUGUUGUCCUACCUGCUACCCUGGCUGUCUAACAUAGAGCUAGUGGAUACAGGCCUCCUACCCCCUGCUUCCAGCCCCUGUACCCCAGAAGAGGAGCCCCGUGGUCGGGCACACACCCUGGGUCUCGCCCCUCGGCUCCGGGGGAACGGCUGGGGUUCCCUCCAGGCCAGCUCUCUGGUCCUCAACAACCUCAUGUUCAUGACUGCUAAGUAUGGAGACGAGGUUCCAGGUCCAGAGAUGGAGAACGCGUGGAACGCCCUGGUGUCCAAUGAGAAGUGGAGUAACAACCUGCGUACAGCGCUCCAGUUCCUCAUCAGUCUCUGUGGAGUCAGUUCUGAUACCACGCUGCUGCCAUACAUCAAGAAGGUGGUGAUCUACCUGUGUCGUAACAACACCAUUCAGACCAUGGAGGAGCUGUUGUUUGAGCUGCAGCAGACUGACCCAGUCAACCCUGUGGUUCUGCACUGUGAUAACCCGCCCUUCUACCGCUUCGCAGCCAGUAACAAGAUGUCUGCUCACCACUCAGGCACUACGUCCAGCAGUAACACAGUAGUGGCAGGACAGGAGAACUUCCCAGAGACAGAGGAGUCCAAGCUGGCCAGAGAGAACGAGGAGAGGUGGGUCCCCAUCACAGCACCCUUUGGGGCCAAGGCUCACAACAGACUGGAGUCUCGCUACAGUAACAGCUCAGGCGGUUCCUAUGACGAUGAGAAGAAUGACCCUCUCCCGCCGUAUGCUGGUUGGCUGAUGAGCGUGUUGGAGACCAAUCGGCCGCAGCCGUUGCCCAUGCCAGUUAACGGAGGUUGCUGGGCGCCGCUGGUGGACUACCUUCCUGAAACCAUCACACCUAGGGGACCACUACACAGGUGUAAUAUAGCAGUGAUCUUCAUGACAGAGAUGGUGGUGGACCACAGUGUGAGAGAAGACUGGGCCCUUCACCUUCCACUACUGCUGCACGCCCUAUUCCUAGGUCUGGACCACUACAGGCCAGAGGUGUUUGAACACAGCAAGCGUCUCCUCCUCCACCUCCUCAUCGCUUUAUCCUGCAACAACAACUUCCAGGUGAUAGCCUCUGUGCUGCUGCUCACCAGAGAGAUCAGUGACAACAAAACACUCACCAUCAAAUCCAGCUAUCAGCCAGAAUACCAGUACUCAGGUGGUCCUGACUUCCUGCGGGAGUGGCAGGCAUCCCCGGUGGCUGACUCUGGCAUGAGCUCCUCCUCCAACUCUUCUUCUGCCAGUCUUGGCGGCGGCAGCACGGGGGGCAGUGUGGGUAACCUGCCCAUGGUAACCCCUGAUGACCUGGAGGAUCUAGAGGACACGGCCAGUGAGGCGGACAACAAGACCAACAAACUGAUAGAGUUCCUAACCACCAGUGCCUGGAGUACUGUUCUCUCCAUACUCAGAGCGUUUGGCCCGCUGUGGGUCCACGAAGACAUCACUCCUAAGAACCCCAACUGUAAGAGCUCUGACCAGCUGUCCAACUUCCUCCGACACGUCAUCUCUGUCUUCAAGGAGUCCAAGUCAGAUUUCCACCUGGAGCAACAGUUGAGUGAUGUAGCGUUGCAGACCGCUCUAUGCAGCUCGUCUCGUCACUACGCUGGGCGGAGCUUCCAGAUAUUCAGAGCUCUCAAACAGCCAAUCAACGCUCACGCUGUCUCCGACCUGCUCUCACGAUUGGUGGAGGUGGUGGGAGAGCACGGGGACGAGGUGCAGGGCUAUGUGAUGGAGGUGUUGCUGACUCUAGAAUCAGUGGUGGUGAACCUGGCUGAGUGUCUGAAGAACAGUGAUCUGAUGGCUGCUCUGACCAGGACCUCCUCCCCAGACUUCUUGACCAAUGAGAAGCUUGAGAAGCAGUUUAACAGGAAGAGCACUGGCCAGCUCAACCUGCCGGGGGUGGGGCUUAGCGGCCUCUCAGCCGAACGCAGCCGACACCAGCGGUCCUAUUCUGUACCCAAAAAGUUUGGUGAGAGCGGCAACCAAUCACACGAUCCGCCUCGCAGCGCUACCCUCGACCGCAUCCAGGCCUGCACCAAUCACGGCCUGGGCCGGCCCGGACGGAGUAUACACGCCUCCUCAGCGUCGACUAAUCGAAUUGAUCCUAGCGUGCUGUCUGAUCCUGCCCACGUGUCCCAUCCUUCGUCCCUAUUGGCUACGGUGUUCUGGGUGGCGGUGUCCCUCAUGGAGUCAGAUUUUGAGUUUGAGUAUCAGAUGUCCCUAAGGCUGGUCCACAAGUUGCUGUCCAAGGUGCCCCUGGACCGGGCGGAGAACCGUGAGCGUUUGGAGAAGCUGCAGGCCCAGCUGAGAUGGAGUGGUUUUUCUGGACUACAACAGCUGUUGUUAAAGGGCUUCACCUCCCAGACCACCUCUGACCUCACCCUGCAGCUCUUCUGUCAGCUCACACCUGUCUCACGAGUCCCCGUGGUCGACACAUCACAGGCUAUUGGUUUUCCCCUGAAUGUGCUGUGUCUCUUGCCUCAUCUGGUGCAACACUUUGGCCACCCCACUCAGUUCUGCAAGGAGAGCGCUGAGAGGAUCGCACAGGUAUGUCUGGAGGAGAAGAACACCAAGCUGUCCCAUCUUGCCCAUGUGAUGACCCUGUAUAAGAACAGGUCGUACACGCGGGACCCCUUCUCCUGGGUCAGCGUUGUGUGUCGCUAUCUCCACGAGGCCUUCGCUGACAUCACGCUCAACAUGGUCACCUACAUGGCUGAGCUCCUGGACAAGGGCCUACCCAGCAUGCAACAGUCAUUGCUCCAGAUCAUCUACUGUCUGUUGAGCCACAUGGACAUGACGGUUGUCCAGGUCAAACAGUUCAACGCUGACGUCCUGAAGACCAUCGAGAAGUUUGUACAGACGGUCCACUGGAAGGAUGCAUUAAACAUUCUGAAGCUGGUGGUGUCCCGGUCAGCCAGUCUGGUCCACCCAGCUUAUAGCCACGCCCACGGUGACCUCUCUAACCUGGAGGUCAGUAGGAUCUGGGACGGAUCAGCCAAGGCCCUGCCCGGCAAGACACUGGACUUCACCUUUGACAUCUCAGAGACUCCAGUGAUCGGGCGGAGGUUUGAUGAGCUGCAGGGAUCAGGGGGUAGAGAGGGGAAGGCCAGGGCUGUGACCCGUAGCACCUCCUCCACCUCCUCUGGUUCUAACUCCAACACCGUCCUAGUGCCUGUCAGCUGGAGGAGACCUCAGUCCUCACAGAAGAGAACAAGAGAGAAGCUGGUGAACGUUCUGUCUUUGUGUGGGCAAGAGGUUGGACUCACCAAAAACCCCUCGGUGAUCUUCUCGUCCUGUGGGGACCUGGACAUGAUGAUGGAGGUUCAGGGGAGUGGCGUGUCUUCAGAGGAGGGAGGAACCAGAGAGGACACACUGGAUGACACGGCGUCAGAGCAGCAGUUCAGAGUGUUCCGAGACUUUGACUUCCUGGAUGUAGAGCUGGAGGACGGAGAGGAGCUCCAGGGCGAGAGCGUGGAUAACUUUAACUGGGGUGUACGGAGGCGUUCUCUGGACAGCACAGAGCUUGGUGACCUGUUAGAGGAGAGUCAACACUCGGGCAGCACCCCCAGUCUGGGACAAGAAGACCCACAGGACUCUGACCAAUCAUCAGAGGAAGAAGAGUCCUCUACCAGUCAGAGUCUGUCUCACUCACAACUGACUAAUCUCUCUCCGUCAGAGGAGACCAACCACACAGACUCUCUCUCUACGUCGUGCGACACCACUUCAGCUGACCCACAAUCCCUCAACGCCACCACACCAGGGACCAGCCAGGGACCUCCACACGACGAGCAGGGAGGACUACGGGGUGGUGUGAGUGUAUGUGGUGAUGAUGAAGACACCCAGGGGCAGGACGAUGACCUGUCUCUCAGUGUAAACGACCUUCCCCAGGGCCAGGACGAUGACCUGUCUCUCAGUGUGAAUGACCUUCCCCAGGGUCUGGGAUCUGAUCUGUCUCUCAGUGUGAAUGACCUUCCCCAGGCCUUGGGAUCUGACUGUUGGGAGGGGGAGAGCUUCACUCUGGACCUGGAACACCACGGUCACCAUGGACACAGCAUGGAGCUCUGUAGACCACCGCUGGGGUUUCUAGACCCUAGCUGUCUGCCCAGUCUCCGUGAUGACGUGGAUGACCUAGAGGACCUUGGUUUUCCUCCUCCCCCCUCACCGUUCUUCUCCGCCAUCUUGGCUGCGUUCCAGCCCACUGUUUGUGACGACGCAGAGGAGGCAUGGCGUUGCCAUAUCAACCAGCUGGUAACCGACUCAGACGGAUCCUGUGCCGUCUAUACUUUCCACGUCUUCUCAUCGCUCUUCCAGAACAUCCAGACUAAGUUCUGUUCCCUGACCAGUGACGCCGCUGGUUACCUAGGAGACGGCCUGAGGGGCAUCGGGUCAAAGUUCGUGAGGUCAUCUGACAUGUUGACAACGUGUUCCGACUGCCCCACGCUCUACGUAGACGCUGAUACGAUAAUCUCCUAUGGUUUACUAGAGAAGAUGAAGUUCAGUGUGUUGGAGCUGCAGGAGUAUCUGGACACCUACAACAACAGAGAAGAGGCCGCUGUCUCAUGGCUGAGGAACUGUAAGGACACGUUUCCCAGGUGCCCUGGCGAUGGCGUGAUUACCUGUCAGCCAGGAGACUCAGAGGAGAAGCAAAUGGAAUCUCUGGCACAACUGGAGCUGUGUCAGCGUCUCUACAAGCUUCACUUCCAGCUGCUCCUCCUCUUCCAGUCCUACUGCAAGCUGAUUGGACAGGUCCAUGCUGUCAGCGCUGUGCCUGAGCUGCUAAACAUGUCUCGAGAGCUGAGUGACCUGAAGACCAGUCUAAGAGCAGCAGAGGCAGCGGUGGCUAGCAACCUGGAACACACACACAUGGCCCACACCCAGACCCAGGCCUCUGCCGCCCUGCCCAGCUUCAGCUCCUCCGAGGCAGCCGUACAAGCCAUCCUGGAGUGCCUCAACAACCAGGAGUUCAGCAAGGCCAUACGCUACAUCCACGAGUGCAGGAGGCUGUGGCCUAACGGUGUGUUUGGCGGUGGGUCAGAGAGCGAGGUGCAGACCCUCCUCAAUGUCUACUUCCGACACCAGACCCUGGGCCAGACGGGGACCAUCGCCCUGGUUGGGUCCCGCCAGGACCUCAGCCUUAUCUGUUCCAAGCUGCUGGAGCUCAACGGGGAGAUUCGGGACAUGAUCCGCCGCGCUCAGGGCUACCGGGUGGUCAACACCUACCUCCCCGACUCCUCGGCCUCAGGGACAAGUCUCUGACAGCAGCACAGGAGCCCCCCUCGUACCCCUCCUCCACCCUUAUUAGCUUUGACCCGACAAGCCUCAUCCUCCCUGUCACCCCUACCGCCCCUGAUCCCAUCGCAGAUGGUGCUAUUACCCCCGACCAUAACACCACCAUCUCUACUGCCCCAAACCCAGCCUCACUUCUGGCCUCUCCCUCCAGCUCAACCAUAGACUGGCCUCUGCCCUUACUCAUAGACUUCUACUGGCCUCCCCCAGACCUCUCCACACCCCACCGUGACUGCACAGACAUACAUCAGGCCUCUCACACACACUCGUUACAGUGCAUCCCAAACCUCAGCCCUAACACACACACUCCACUCAAACCAGGUAACACAUUGCCCGACCUUACACACACACACACACUCACACACACAUUUCCUGCUAUCCCACCUCGUGGACCAGACCUCCAUCCAACCCCUCUUCCUGUCCUAGACACAUCUCCAACCCCCAUACUAACCCGUCUUAGUACACAGUCUGACACACACACAUUUCCUGCUAUCCCACCUCGUGGACCACACCUUCCGUACUCCCCGUACACACAUCCAGAACCAGUCUUAGACACACAAGGUCUGGCCCCUCUCCUUCCUCCUCUUCCUCUUCCUCCCGACCCAGCCCAAGAUGCAGAGACGGGGUGGGGGUGCUGCUGCGCCGUCGGAGGGGGUGGUACACCCCUGUCCCGUUACCUGGGGAAGGUGGGUCACGCCGCCCGGCCCCUACUCAGAGUGGGGGCGCUCCUGAACCCUAAACAACCCUCUGGUGUUCACACCUGAGGGUCAAUAUACCUGAUAGACUCACCUGAUUAUGCUGACCACACCUGAUGAUGCUGAUCACAUCUGAUGAUGCUGACAACACCUGAUGAUGCUGGCCACACCUGAUGAUGCUGACCACACCUUAUGAUGCUGACCACACCUUAUGAUGCUGACCACACCUGAUGAUGCUGGCCAUACCUGAUGAUGCUGACCACACCUGAUGCUGACCACACCUGAAGAUCUCAACCACACCUGAUGAUGCUGACCAUACCUGAAGAUCUCAACCACACCUGAUGAUGCUGACCAUACCUGAAGAUCUCAACCACACCUGAUGAUGCUGGCCAUACCUGAAGAUCUCAACCACACCUGAUGAUGCUGGCCACACCUGAUGAUGCUGAUCACACCUGAAGAUCUCAACCACACCUGAUGAUGCUGGCCACACCUGUGGAUUAAAAGACCUAAGUCCCCGAGAGACCAAAGGACAUACCUGAUGAACCUGAGGAUUUACCUGACCUGAUAUCAGACUCAACCUGUGAAUGAAAAUACCUGAUCUCAGUGAAACCUUAGGAUGGAGGAAGUAUCGACCUGUUACCACCAGGUAACCUGGUGAUCCACUACCUGAUGCCUCACCUGUGGGUGAAUGUCCCAGAGUCACGGCUUCUAUUGCACUGGACUUCUGAGAGGAGAGAUUACUACUGAGAGACAUUCAAUCAUGCUGUUUAUCUGUGAGAGAGAGAGAGAUAGAGGCCAAGGACGGGAAGGUUGUAUCUCUCACCACGUGUGUAUCUACUGUUUAAAGAAUUUCUUUAGGGGAAAAUGUGCACUGCUUAACCUAGAGGAAUGCUGUAUUCUAGAAUCUAAUGUUCCGUUACAGAAUCCCUGGCCUCUACUUAGCAUUGGUUACCUGGACGAUGUUUCGUUCCACAACUUGACAGAAGGGGGCAUUCACGAUAGACUGUUAGGAUCCGUCUGCAUCGCUGCCCCUCCACAUGGCGCUGCGUGCUGCAUUGUGUGAAGAGACAGGACACAGACUAGUAUUCAUGUGUUUAAUCUUGUUGCCUGGUUUUGAACCUGAAUGCUUCUUGUGUAUUAGUGAACCAGCUCCUCAGACUACUGUAGUGAAUCAGAGCCUCUCUUAGACUCUUAUAUUGAUUAGUAUGUACACACUGGCCCUACGUUGUAGCAUAUUCAAUUCAUUGUGGGUCUACGUACACACACCAUUUGUUACCGUGACCAUCCUAUAUUGUGAUGUGCGUGUACCUGCUGUGACAUGGGGGGAAAGUACAGUUGUACACACUAAAUCCUGAAAUAGUCCACUGUCACAUGGACAUGUGCUGACAUUCACUGGUUUAAUGUUAACUAAACAUGAGCUACUGUUCAAAUACCUGCUGGGCCCUGUUCCAAUACUUUAAAUUCCAUCCUACCUUGAAGGAGUCACUGACCAGGGUGGACAGGACUAAGGUUCAAAUACAGAGGUUUGAUACUAGUAAGGUCUGAUCAGUGGCCAAGGAAGGAAGCAUUUUUUUAAGUAUUGGAACAGGGCCAUGGACACUUCCUGUGGUGGUCCGUCACUUGUGAUUAGACUUUCCUUUUUGACACAAGUUCAGUCAGUCUUUAGAUCUAUCCUACUCCUGACCAGCUUUAGAGAUUUUCCCCACGUUCCUUCAAUUCAAACUGAUUAACUGCCAUGCAUGUGUAUAUUGUAAUGACUUGUAUUAGAAAUGUAUUCAUAGAUUAUUUUAUCUGAAAGAUGCAUUUGUAUGAGGCGCAAAGGGUUGUGUGCGAGAGAAAGUGUGCAUCCAAAAAAAAAAAAUGCACAUUUUUAAAGCGUUGUAGAGGAAGACAGUUUUCACUUUGUAAAUAGUUUUAAAGCUUUGUGAAGUCGUUGAGUUGAUGCCAUGUCUCAAAAUAAAGACAUCAAAAAUAA